UUCUGUGUUACUUAACCCUAACCUUACUUUCUGCUUUUGGUGAAGAGUUUUCUGAUGUUUUUCUGUGAGAAUUUUUAUUCACUAGAUACAAAAAUCUAACACAUAGGGAAAGAGAUUAAAGCUUAAAACAUGUUGAAAAUAUCACCACAAAAUUUUACGGAUUUGGCUAAGUACUUGAAAACCCCAUUAGGCAAAAUAUCUACCAGUAAUACUUUAUUUACUCGCACUUUAAAUAAUAGUACAUCAAAAGGAGCCAUGAACAUAAUAUUUGCUUUGUUGAAAGACUCCAACUCAAAUUUGAGACCAACAAAUAAAUUAAUUGAAAUUGAAAUUCGUCAAUGGCUUGAAUAUAUAUUAAUCUAUGUGGGAAACGCAAGUAACAGUCAACAUACUCAGAAUAUUUUAGCAGACUUAAAUGACUUUCUAAAAGUUAAGACAUAUCUUGUGGGUAAUGCCUUUACCAUUGCAGAUGCACUUUUAUAUUACGUACUCUUUAACGUUAUGACAAAUCUCUCUAAUAUUGACAAAGAAAAAUACAUAAAUGUUUCAAGGUGGUUUGAUAAUAUUCAACAAGAUUCAACGUUAAGGCAGAACUAUAAUAUAGUUGAUUUUAGCACAAAUUAUUUGGCAUCUAUUGUUCCAGCAAAGCAUUAAAGUAUGGUCAAAAUCUCAA